CCUCAGCCUGGCAAUGCGUGCGAGCGGAGCGCAAAGGCAACGCGAAAGCCGUCUCUUUCCACCGCCGCGUUACGAAGCGACGCUUUCACCGGCCCGGGUUUUUACCUCCCACUUUUACUGCUAUUUUUAAGAUCUUUUCUUUUUUUGAAAAUGCACGACCGUCUGGAUCCUCGGAGUGGACGAGAAAGGCUUUCUCAAGACAAAAUGGGUUGUUCUGUCUGAGCGCCUAGCUUGCGUUCCCCCCCCUUUGGUUCAGGUUUGUAAUGGAACUAGCUUUUUUGGCUUUUUGCAUUUGAAUCCUACUGCGCAACCCAGACGGAUCACGUGGGUCGUGGAGUUGAUCGAUUUGCUCAAAUAUAUAUGAAAAGAUAAACGGAAAAGGUUGCAAAAGGAUAUUUUUGCCGGGGAAAAAGACGAGACUUUAGAGAAAAACAACGGUUGGGUUAACCGCAAUAUAUUUUUAUGCGCGUGUAAAAUGGAGACGCACAUUUCGUGCCUCUUCCCGGAAAUUUUAGCCAUGAUUUUCAGUUACUUGGAUGUGAGGGACAAAGGCAGGGUCGCCCAAGUGUGCACGGCUUGGAGGGACGCGUCUUACCACAAGUCGGUCUGGAGGGGGGUGGAAGCCAAGUUACAUUUGAGGAGGGCCAACCCGUCGCUGUUCCCCAGCCUGCAGGCCCGGGGAAUCAGACGGGUGCAGAUACUGAGCCUUCGGCGCAGUCUCAGCUACGUUAUUCAGGGUAUGCCAAAUAUCGAGAGUUUGAACCUUAGUGGCUGCUACAACUUAACCGAUAACGGCCUGGGGCACGCUUUCGUGCAGGAGAUCCCGUCCCUGCGUGUGCUCAACCUCAGCCUCUGCAAACAGAUCACGGACUCCAGCCUGGGCAGAAUCGCCCAGUACCUGAAAAACUUGGAGGUGCUGGAACUUGGCGGCUGCAGCAACAUCACCAACACCGGUCUGCUGCUCAUCGCGUGGGGUCUGCACCGGCUCAAGAGCCUCAACCUCCGCAGCUGCCGGCAUGUGUCGGACGUUGGCAUCGGGCACUUGGCCGGCAUGACCCGGAGCGCGGCCGAGGGCUGCCUCAACCUGGAAUAUCUGACCUUACAGGACUGUCAGAAGUUGACAGACCUGUCGCUCAAACACAUCUCGAAGGGCCUGACGAAGCUCAAAGUUCUCAACCUAAGUUUCUGCGGGGGGAUCUCGGACGCCGGCAUGAUUCACAUGUCCCACAUGACCAGUCUCUGGAGCCUUAACCUUCGGUCUUGUGACAACAUCAGCGACACGGGCAUCAUGCAUCUCGCCAUGGGCACUCUGAGGCUGUCGGGACUGGACGUGUCGUUCUGCGACAAGAUCGGUGACCAAAGCCUGGCGUACAUCGCCCAGGGUCUGUACCAGCUGAAGUCGCUGUCCCUGUGCUCGUGCCACAUUAGCGACGAUGGCAUCAACAGGAUGGUGCGCCAAAUGCACGAGCUGAGGACCCUGAACAUCGGCCAGUGCGUGCGGAUUACAGACAAAGGACUCGAGCUCAUCGCGGACCACUUGACACAGUUGACUGGAAUCGAUCUUUAUGGAUGUACAAAAAUCACGAAAAGGGGUCUGGAGAGGAUCACGCAGCUCCCUUGCCUUAAAGUUUUAAACCUGGGACUGUGGCAGAUGACCGAAAGUGAAAAAGUGAGGUGAAACUUGCGAGAUUUUAG